AUGGAGGCGCUGGUGCUCAAGUCUCUGGGCAAGUUACGCAAGGCGUGUACCCGCAGUCACCGCGAGUUACGCGACAUGGUGGAUGCAGCGCAAGCUAAAGUUACAGCUGCGAGUCAGGAGGGUACACUGGAAGUACCCUUUGAGCCUUUCCUGCUAGCCUGUCUAACCCGUCACGCCAAACUCGUAGCCGUAGCUCUGGACUGCAUGGAAAAGUUCCUGGCCUUUGGGUUUCUUAAAGAGGCAGGCACAAUCCCCGACGGGAUCCGACGCCGUCUCGUUCAGAAGGCAGCGGCCGCGUCCUCCACUUCCGGUCGCCGGUCAGGUUUCGGUCUGGGUCUGGGGUCAGGGUCCGGCGCCGGGUCAGGUCAGUCCGGAUCCAAUGCUACCCCCUCUUUUGGCCUUGCUACACCGUCAAACAGCCACCGAGAUGCUGGAGCAGAGGAGGACAGUAACGAGGACAGCUACAGACUUAUUGACUGCAUUGUCGAAGUGGCGUGCGACUGCAACGACCACCCGGAUGAAGGAGUGCAGAUCCAGGUCUUACGCGUUUUACUGACGGCAGUGACGACGCCGACGUGUGAAGUGCAUGAGCAUGCGCUCUUGAGAGCUGUGAGAGCGUGCUACCACGUGCAUUUACAGAUUAUCAGCAUCGUGUUCCAGCGAAUGGAGACUUUUGAUCGACGUGUAGAAGAAGAGACGAAAGCCACGCUACAAGCGCUGGAUAAACAAGAACAGCAGAGUCAGCAAGAAGACGAGAGUGAAGCUCAAGAAGUACAAGCACAAGAGCAACACGUCGUCAGUGACAGUGACAGCGACGACGAUAUUCUGCUCAAGACGCUGCGUGCACAGCCGACAUCUGCUUGGUAUCCGUCGGUUGCAGUAGCGCUUCGUCUUCCACGCCCAGCUCAUUCGGAGAAAGCGCCAGUCUCGUCAACGACGGCAAAGAAAAUCAAGGCCGUGGCGACGUUAUCGCAGCCGGUUAACGCUCCAGCGUUCCCGUCUGUGCUCCACAAGGAUGCUUUUCUAUUGUUCCGCUCGCUUUGUCGGAUUUCUAUGCGGUCGGUAGCUGAUGAUUCUGGGAACGGCUCCACGGCUGGGAGUGCAGGGAACGGAGCCAACCCGGAAGACCCGUUCGCGUUCCAGAGUAAGAUUUUAUCGCUGGAACUAGUGAAGGAGAUCGUGGAGAAUGCAGGUCCAUCCUUCCGACGUGGUGAGAGGUUUGUACACGCCAUCCGACAGUAUCUGUGCCAGUCGCUGCUUCAGAACUGCACGAGUAACUACACGCAGAUCGUGUCGCUGUCUUUGCAGGUUUUCCUGGUGCUUUUACGGAACUUUAAGCGCCAUCUGAAGACGGAGCUGGACAUUUUCAUCACGAGUAUCUUCCUGCGCUUACUGCAGUCAGAGAACGCCAGCUUCGAGCAUAAACUGCUGGUGCUAGAGGCGCUCCAUGCGAUCUGUGACGACCCGCAGACUCUGGGCGAAAUCUUCAUCAAUUACGACUGCGACUGGAACACCAACGACUUGUUCAAGCAGAUUGUGCAUGCUCUUGCCAAAGCUGCCAAGGGCGGUCGCUCUCAAGACGCGGCGGCCCAGCAAUAUGCCGCGAGUUUAUCCAGCAGUGCGAGGAUCAAGAUGCAGCAUCAGGACGCCGCGCUGGCUCUUAAAGGUCUGGAAUGUCUUACCGCCACGACUGCAUCACUGAAGAAGGCUGCGAACUUUGUCGAGACAGAGCGACAGUCGUCUCAACACGAAGGAGAGGAGACGCACAACAGCGAAAUCGGCGGAGAAGAAGACACUGUCGCGCCACCAGAUUUGGUCCCCGUCGUGUCGUCGACUAUGUCAGCUGUUGAGGCCUUUGAAAGCAAGAAGAAACGUCAAGAGGAGAUGGCGACAGGGAUUCUCAAGUUCAACGUGAAACCCAGUGCUGGCAUUGCGUACCUCGUAGCUCACGGACAUAUGGGCGAAGGCUCGCCUCGUGACGUGGCUCAGUUCCUGCAUUCCUACAACGACAAAUUGGACAAGACAAUGGUUGGCGAUUACCUUGGCAAUGGUGUCCAUUAUCAAGGAGGUUUUUGCGUCAAAGUGCUGCACGAAUACGUCGACAUGAUGGACUUUACGGGCUUGGAGAUCGAUGUAGCCAUCCGCCAUUUCCUUGCUGGUUUCCGUUUACCCGGCGAAUCACAGAAGAUCGAUCGGAUGAUGGAGAAGUUUGCCGAACGAUUCUUUAACGCGUGUCCGCCUGGAUUAUUCCCGAGUGCAGACACUGCGUUCAUCUUGGCCUUCUCGAUCAUUAUGUUGCAGACAGAUCUACAUAACCCGAGUAUUGCCGAGGAAAAGAAGAUGGACAAAUCGGGAUUUCUACGUAAUAAUCGCGGUAUCAACGAUGGUAAAGAUCUCCCUGAAGACUACAUGGGAGCUAUCUUUGAUCGUAUCAAGGCGACUCCGAUCUCUUUAAAGGAAGACGACGACUUCCGUAGUCGUCGAGGCGGAGCUGCACCCAGUGCGACCAGCUCGUUGUUUGGGGCUUCGAAUGCAGCGACAGAUCGCAUGCGUCGCGACGCGUACAUCAAAGAGCGCGAGUCGAUGGUGCGGCAAUCCGAAGCUCUGUUUAAACGUCGAGUCCCGGCGUCAGCGAGAGCGCAGCAGCAUUUCCCGCUCUCUCCUCGAGGCGACAAGCCCAGUGCUACAUCUGGCUCCGGUUCUGGCGCUUCUCCGUCGCAGCGAAGUGAAGGACCGUCGUCUCUAUUGACACCCGAUCCGUUGGCUUCCACGUUUCACGAGGUCUCUGGGUACAACGAACGUUCACAUGUGCGUCCAAUGUUCGAGACCCUGUGGGCUCCACUGUUAGCAGCGUGUUCAGUGACUUUCGAGAGCUCCGAGUCCGUCGAAGCCAUCCAGCUCUGCCUGGAUUCCUUCCGUCAUGCAGUGCACCUCUCUGCUAGACUGAGUAUGCCAGCUGAGAGAGACGCCUUCGUGACGGUGUUGGCCAAGUUUACAGCUCUCCACACGACCAACUCGCGGCUGAUGCGGUCGAAGAACAUGGAGGCUAUCAAGGCUCUGAUUUCGAUCAGUGUGAAGGAGGGAAACCAUCUUGGAGACUCGUGGCAUGACGUUCUGCAGGCGAUUUCGCAGCUGGCACGCAUCCAGACACACGCUCAGGGCUUACACGAGCGCUCGGCUGCAGGGUCCGUUUCGGGGGAUUCGUCGUACUUUAAUCGCCAACCUUCGCCCGGUAUGAGCCACUCCAGCUCACGUAAUAGCAGCGCGAACUCCACGCCAUCGUUCAGUAUGCUCGGCUCUGCCUCAGGCAGCAAGCGAAGUGGACUGGGCUCGUCUCUGUCGUCCCCGUCUCCGUCGCAUCGUGACAUCGGCGGUCGUGGGAGCGGAUCGGAACUGGAUGAAGCGCAGAGUGCAGCGAUCGAGGACGAGAAUGCCGCUCGUGUGCUGAGCGAGAUCGACCAACUGGCAAGUGACCGCGUCUUCUCGAGCUCCGUGUCGUUGAGCGACCAAGCGCUGCAGGAUUUCGUCGUGCAGCUCACGGUCGUGUCGCUGUCCGAGUGCUCGGGUGUUGGUCCGUCCGGGGCGGCAGGAGGUUCUCCACCUCGCGUUUUCAGCUUGCAGAAGCUCGUGGAAGUCGCCGACAUGAAUAUGCGCACUCGCUCUCGAAUGGUGUGGGCGGCGACGUGGCAGACUUUGUCCAGACACUUCACGACCAUCGGCUGUCAUGAGGACUUGACGGUGGGCAUUAUGAAGUUCCUGGAGCGCGCCGAGCUGCGCGAUUUCAACUUCCAGCGUCUGUUCUUGGCUCCUUUUGAAGUGAUCAUGGCCAACGCCACGUCUCUGGAGACUCGCGAACUGGUGCUGCGUUGUGUGGAGAACUUGGUGCUGGCCAGAGUCGGCAACAUUCGUUCGGGCUGGAAGACCAUCUGGGGCGUGCUCCGUAUCGCUGCCGAGACGUACGCGCCGGGGAGUGAGGACCGCGUCGUGCUGCUGGGAUUCCAGGUCGCGCAUGGCGUGUUGGAGCGUCACUUUGACUGCAUCGUGGACGUGUUCGUGGACGCGGUGGAGUGUUUGCUGGCGUUCUCAGUGUGCGGCUCUCCCGCAUCGGCGGCUGCUGCCGCUGCGGCCAAACAGGCGGCCCGUGUCGGCUUCAAGAAGGUCAAAGUGUUGACAGAGGAGGAUCCUACUGCUGAUGCGAGCUCGGAUGGGGUCCACUCGCCCUCGAAGCGUGCCUCGAUACGCUACCAGAAGCAAGAGUCCGUGCGUUCGUUGGAAGAAGAGGUGGCGGAGCUGUCGCCGCGGAAGGUGGUGGCGUCUCCACUGUCCCCGCGCAGGAGAUCAAGCUCUGUAGAGAUGCAGGACAAAGAGCAGCUGGAGACUGGCGAGGCAGCUUACAAUGACUCUGCGGCGCACACGCGCAUGUGGUGGCCCGUGCUGACAGCCUUGUCCACGCUUGCUGCUGACCGGCGGCUGGACGUGCGUCUCGCAGCGCUUGAAGCUCUUUUCAGCGCAUUGGAGACACAUGGCACCAAGUUUACGUCUGGUCUCUGGGGCCUGGUCUUCAAGGGUGUGCUCAUUCCGUUGCUGGACGAGCUGCGUCAUCUCGAAGUGGUCGUGGAGAAAGGGGCGUGUGCACGGCCCAAGCUCCCGUUGCCGCUGUCUGCUUCGUCUAGCCGUAUGCCGCAGUACACUGCCGGUAAAACCACGGCGACGUUGUGUCUGGAGCGGCUACUGGAAUGCUUUGGCCUGUUCUACGACAUCGUGGGGUUCCUUCCGGAAGUUCUUUUCUUACUAGGCAAGUGCAUGGAUGCUGGCGAUGCAGAGGAGCAGCUCGCAGCCGCUUCAGCGCGGGCACUCGAAGUCGUGCUCGUCACGCACGGCCACAAGUUCCCCGAAGACGUCUGGGGUCUCAUCUCGGACGAACUACGCAACGUCAUGAAGCGCGCGGAGCCGACGUGGAUCUUCUUCGCCUUGCCUCCUGAAGACGACGACGAUGCUCCAAUAGGAGACUCUGCAUCGCAGUCUCCACGCUCACCGAUGGCUAGUCCGGUUGCUGCGAACCUGACGUCGCCUCGACAGCCUUCGCUGCUGAGUUUGUAUCCAGGAGUCGUGGGGACAUUAGGAUUUGCAUUCACUACGAGCUUCCCGCCGAAGAUGAUCACUACGGACGAGGUCGAAGCACAACGGGUGCCUUCACGCACGCACUUGACUGUGUUGCUGGCAUUGCAGCGAGUGGCAGGCAACGUCCUGGCCAGUCGUCGGAAGGAGAAUCUGUCACUGAGUGUUGGCCACGCUCGCUCACUGCUGUCGUGUCUUCGCGAGAGUUUCCUGUUCGCUCGCAAGGUGAACGAUGCGGUGUCUUUGCGUCGGUAUCUACAGCGUGUUGGUUGGCGUUAUGGAAUGACGGUGCCAUCUUCCAGUGAACUGCCCAGCUUACUGCCACAAGAAGUGCUAGGCAAGCAGCAGUACCUCCACGUACUGUUCACUGCGCUCGUACGGAGCGUCAAUAACGCACAAGUGGCUCCGAUUGGAGAGCAAGAUGAGGCUCGCAAGUAUAUGGUACGUUUGGUUCAAGACACGCUUGAGGAGUAUCUGGCCUGGACGGGUGUGGCACCGCAGUAUAUCGACCAAGACAAGAUGCCUGCCGACGCACAACAGCGCGUGGAGAGCUACACACCGCUAUUGGUUGCCACGCUGAGGGAGCUGGCGGAGUUUGACAGCACGGAGCUACAACGCCACAUGUCGUGGUUGUAUCCGCUUCUUACCGACCUCGUGAUGGUGGCGAACACCGAGGUGCGGGUAGCGCUAUCCUGCGUGUUCAGCAGAGCCCAAACUUUCGCCACCGCUUUAGCUACUGCGGACAGUGAAGAUCAAGUUAAAGCCCGUAGUCGCAAGGCUAUCCGUGCGGCAUCGCUUUAA